CGAGCGGUUGGGUGUAUUCGUGCAAGCGGCGUUAUUAGGUUUUAUUGCCAAUUGUAAUGAAAUCAUUUCAUUAAAGUGAGCCAAUUAUUAGUUGCGGAAAAUUGUGAAAUCAAGUGAAGCGCACAAAGUAUCUAACGGUUAUUUAGCGCUGGCAAAAGCCUGAAGUGCCACUGUGAAAAGUUAUUGGUGCUUGUGUGUAUAUGCGUUGAUCGGAUUUUCCAUGCAUGUAAAUGCCAAGGAAGCUUAGUAGAAAUUUUCGUGAAUAUUCGUGUAAUUUACUGAAUGAAAUGAACGACAGCGUGUCGAAGUAAAAAAUCGUUAAAGGCGAAAUUGUGCCAAACGAGCAAACAGCCGAAGUUGCAAAAGCAAAUAGGCUGGCAGGCUGUUAGGCAGUCCGUUAGCCAGUCAACAAGCCAGUAACGCGCAUAGUUUUCGGAGGAUAAGUUUUGCAACACGCUCACGUUCUAACCCAUGUUGCGGCAUUCAAAGGGGGUGUGAAAAUUUCACAUCCUUCACCCAAGCACGGUGCGUGUGUGUUUGUGUCUCGAACUCCUAGUGGCUAGCAUGCUAGGAAUAUCAUAUGCAAACAACAACAACAAAUUAAGUGAAAUACAAAAUCGCGUGCUAUUGACCAGCGCAUGUUACAGAAAAAAAAUUGAGAUUCGCACGCGCUACAACAACAAUUUUUAAAUGAAGUGCGUUCCCAAAGGUUCGAUAUUUGUACUUGAACUGCCGAAAAUAGCCAAGUGCUGCUGGCAGGAGUGUUAAAUUUAGUCGGUUCAUGCAAAUUUGAACCGUGGCGCGAAAUCUGAACGCCCAAAUGUGUAUGCUACUAGAAACCGUUAAUUGCUACGAAACAUGAAAUUCGCAAGUUAAUACAUUGACGGACCUACGCCACACUUAUGUAUGCGGUGCUCCGGUGGCAGAAAUUGUGUUGUACACGUGAAAGGCACGUCACUCACGCAUCCUGCGAGGCUAAUCACAAAACAUUUGACCCAAACAAAAAUAUAGCUAAAAAAUACCCUGAAGAAAAAUCGUGAAAAUAAAAAUGAAAUGUGUGAAAAUCAUGUUGGACGCCUAUAAAAUCAGACGGAUUAUGGCCAUUGUGCAAAGCGACGACCGCCAGACACUUCACUCAUGGGAAAUACACACACCCACACACUCACACACGCAUUAGCACACACACCCCAUUGUAGGCCUAAAAUUGGCUAAAAUCUAAACAAAAGUGAAACCGCAAAGCAAAGCAAUAAAAAUUAAGCCGAAAGGUGGUGCGAAGGACACGCGCGAAACGCAAGAAUGCGUGCUUUGUGUUAAUUAAAAAAGUUGAGAGGCCAAAGUCUGUGUGUGCAAAGAAAAUAUAAGCGAUACACGCGGGCUUAACUCAAGUAAUAACAACAACUACGCGCUGCAGACACAGCAAUCCUUUCGCGUGAGCAGCGGAAUUUAAAGCAAAGCGUCAAAGCAUAAAAGGACUGCAAAUGACGCAUAGCUCAGCGGCAGCAGCUUCGAUUUUGUUUGCUCGCUGUGUCUAACUUUGGUUUUGGUGUGAAACCUUGUGGCAGAUCAACAACUGGAACCGCGAAAAAGUGUUUGCGAAAGACAAGUGAGACAACGUUUAAGAAGUUCUUUACCUUUUCGAAGUCGAAUUAUUUUUUAAGUUAUUUUCUCGCUUUUUAACGGCGCUACUGUAGGCUCCAUAUACGCAUAGCUCGCGUAAAACCAAUCGCGUGACGAAUAMUGUGUAGGAAAAAUAUUAAUAAUUAAUUAAUCUCCAACUUGUAGUAGACAGACCGCACGACUUGCCACUUCUUGAGCAUGCAAGCAAGUCAGUGAAAAAGAAAUAAUAACAUAUCCAAAAAAGAAUAAAAAAAUAGAGUGAAAAAAUCAUCUCCCUUUGAGAUUAGAAAUUAAAAUACUUAAAUGUGCGCGGCGAACACAGUUGCAAGAAGGACUCAUGCCACGCGAGCACAACCAAGUGAAAUUCGACACAUACUUUCAUAUAUAUUCCAAAGAGAGACAAGUCAUGCAUUCGUGUGCAUAAAAAAUACCUAAGCUCACAUAUCUAACAAAAAAUAACAGCUGAGGCAGUUUCUAAAACCACAGAAAUCAUGCAAAAUCGACAGCGACAACAGUGUAUCACCUGCCACUGCAGUCACAGGCAGCAGCGCACAACGCUUCAACAAUACCAUCACCAACAUCAAUAUACACGACAGCCGCAAGGUCGGCUCAAAUAUCGCACAACAACACGCCGGCUGCCACCACUGUGGCCGUUACUUCUCUCCACACUGCUGCUGACCGGCCAGCCACCUAGUUCGCUAGCCACACGCUUCAACCGCCAAAGUCAGGGCCACAUUUCGUACGGCGCCGCAAGUGGCGCCAACAGCCUGCCCUCGCCGCACUUUCCACUCGAUGCCAACAGCGCGUACGCGAGCAGCGGUGCCGCAGCCGGCAAGCAUCACGCCAACAUGAACAAUGAUGUUUACUCGGUGGCCGACAGUCAGGCCAUGACCGAUGAUUAUAUGGCGCAAUUUGGCAAACCACCUGCGUCACCGCCACCACCGAUAAUACCGCCAUAUCUGACGCACACGCAUUCGACGUCCGCCGACAGCACGCUAAUCGUGCACCACCAACCGCACCUGAGCAGCUGUCAGACGGUGUGCGCGUGCAAGUGGAAGGGCGGCAAGCAGACGGUGGAGUGUAUCGAUCGGCAGCUCAUACAGAUACCGGAGAACAUCGAUCCGUCAACACAGGUGCUGGACAUGUCGGGCAAUAAGUUGCAGACGCUGUCCAAUGAGAAAUUCAUACGCGCCAAUUUGCUGAAUUUGCAGAAGCUGUAUUUGCGCAGCUGCAAAAUUGGUGAAAUCGAACCGGAAACGUUUAAAGGUCUUACCAAUCUCGUCGAACUGGACUUGUCGCAUAAUUUGCUGGUUGUCGUGCCAUCGUUGGCGCUUAGCUAUAUCUCAUCGCUGCGUGAGCUGACGCUGGCUUCCAAUCAUAUACACAAGAUCGAGUCGAACUCGUUCGCCAGCACGCCGUCAUUGCACAAGCUUGAUCUGUCGCACUGUGACAUUCAGUCCAUAGCACCGCUUGCUUUCGAUGGUUUGGAGGGCUUAACUUUGCUCCGUCUUAAUGGCAACAAGCUAGGUGUUUUGCAGCCGCGUACGAUCGAAACACUGAGCAAAUUGCACGGCAUUGAACUGCAUGACAAUCCAUGGCUCUGUGACUGUCGCAUGAGAGAUGCAAAACUCUGGCUGACCCAAAAGAACAUACCAUAUCCCGUAGCGCCGUUAUGCGCCGGUGGGCCCGAGCGCGUCGUCGAUCGGACCUUCUCCGAGCUGCAGGUGGAGGACUUUGCUUGUCGACCGGAAAUGCUGCCUAUUAGUCAUUAUGUGGAGGCGACGAUGGGCGAGAACGCUUCGGUAGUAUGUCGCGCUAAAGCCAUACCUGCGGCCGUUAUAAAUUGGUACUGGAAUGGCAGACUGUUGUCAAACAACAGCGCGUUCAGUUCUUAUCAACGUGUGCACAUCUACGAGAACGGACACUUUGAGAAACAUUCGCGGUUGGUGCUCACCAAUGCGCAGGAAACAGACUCCAGUGAAUUUUACUGCGUGGCGGAGAAUCGUGCGGGCACAGCCGAGGCCAACUUCACGCUGCAUGUAAGUAUGCGUGCCGCAGGCAUGGCAUCACUCGGUAGUGGUCAAAUUGUGGGCCUUAGUGCUGCUUUGGUAGUUUUAAUUGUAUGCAUUUUGCUGGCGAUAAUGUUUCUGCUGAUGCGUGUCAAGCGGCAGCCGUACACCGAAAGCAAAACGCCCAACCAUAUGGAGGUGGUGACUAGCGUCAACCAUCAAAACUCCAUAACGAACAAAACUCAACCCAUUACCGGAAAUGGCAGCAUAGGCGGCGUCGUCAUAGCCAACGGCGCCAUACCGAACUGUAUAGACACAUCAGGCACGCUAGAGCGGAAGGGCAGCGCAGCGAUGUCAGCGAAUGAGGGCGGCUUCACCAAUCCUGUGCAGAAACCGCCACGCCUCACGGACCUACCAUACUCAGCCACUGGCUACGACAACAACGGCUCUGCUUUGUCAACGGCGCCUUGCUACCUUUCGCCUACAGCAUCGGCUGGCAACAACCCAGAUCUCAUUAAUGACACAAAACGUUUCGGUAGCGAUGAGUUUGCUGAUCUGAAAAUACCAGCGAUACUGACUGCUAAUUUGGGCACCGAACUGGGCAACUCUAGCGGCGAGUACAGUCGCGCUGGCGGUUGCGACUCACUCUAUCCCUCUGGACUGUGGGAGAAUACGCCAGCGGGCACCUCUUCAGCGGACGAUCUCUUCAUGAAGCGCUACACCGACAAAACGCCUAUCAUUGAGUCGAACCAACUUUACGAUCUGCAUGAGCGAACCGUCGACUACUUCAGCAAAACAUUUCCACGAACGCAUUACAACAACUUGCAGCUGGCCGGCGGUUGUGCGUCUACCAACGGUAGUAAUGGCGGUGGGGUCGGCGGCAUGUUGCACAAUCCGUCCACGUCAUCGGCCGCGCUGCUGCACAAUUCGAACGGUGGCAUGGGCGGCACCCACUCAACCGCCUCAACAACCACCACCAAUCUCUCAGGCUCAUCCAGCGCGUACGUGGGCGGCGGCUACCCCAAUGACUACGGCCUACCAUUGGUGCCUGGCGCCGAGCACCAACACAACCAUCACCUGCAAAUGCAUCCACUACAACAACUGCAACAGCAUAUGACGCCGGCAGUGGCGAGCCAACAUGGUCUUGGCGGCAGCGCCAGCGGCAGCGGCAACAGCAGCAACCACAGCAGUCCACACUUCAGCAGCAGAACACUGCCACGCCUGCACGAGCACAGCGGCAGCAGCAGCAGYGGCGCUGGACUCAGCAGCUCCAGAUCCUCACCCACACCAGCGACGACCGCAGUGGCGGUGACGGUGACGCAAAACGGCACGGGCCAAACGCACACUUCAAUACUGCCGAACGGACAGCCGGUGAACGCCAAGACAAUACGCGUGUGGCAGAAGGGUGGCGUGCCAGUGCUGCCACCGGUGACGGCGCUGAAGCGCGCGCUGACGAGCAGCAGCCGCAACUCACCGGACGAGGGCUACCAGGAGGGCUGCGGCACUGACGUGUAAAACGAGCCAGCGACUAGCAACAGCGAGACGUUCCUUACAUUAUAGGCGCAAAGGUACUUGGUGAAGUGCGACGGCGACGGCGACACAAUCUUUUUGAUUUUCCAUAUAAGUUUUGUAUAUUUUUGUGAAUUUAGCAAUUAGUUUAUGCUUAAGUUGUUGAAUUUAAGUGAGUUUUUGCACACAGCUGUACGCAGAGCGCGUCAAAUAGUUUGUAAUCACAUUAUUUUUUUUUUUUUUUUACUAAUUUACUUUCUAUCUAAAAGAAGAAUAAUUUCGCGCAUCCAUACUAAUACUAAUACUAAUACAAUUGACUGCAAACGAGGAGAGAAUGACGACGAUUAGAUUUUUGUACUGAGCAGCUGCGCUCCGCACUCGGCCGUUUGUGAGGCUGACGGAGCGCGGACCUGCAUAACUACUACUACUGCAGUUCGCCAGUGGUAAUAAACGUGAAUGUGAUAGUGUUUGAGUAAUUCAUAACUAAAGAUAAUAAUUGAAAAUUGUGUAGAAGGAUGUUACUUUUCAUUUAAUAUAAAAAUAUAUAUAAAUAUAUAAUAUAAUAUAAUGUAUGCAUAAGUCACAGGAUAAAUGAAUUUCGAAUGCAUAACUACAAGUAUACUUUUAGGGUUAAUGUAAAUAAUUACUAAACUACUAAAGUCGUAAGAGCAGCACGUAGUUAAGUACCAAAUAAAAAGUAAAAAUAAGUGACAUUCAAAGCAGACGCAGUGUUUCAAAGUUGUGAAAAUAUAU